CCGGGACAAGUGUUACGGUAGCCAAUGCGUGCAACGGGAAGGGGCGGGGCAUGUGACGGCAGAGGCCUGGCUGGCAGCAGGAGACGGCGCAGUCACAGCAGCAGCAGGGUGAGACAGAGCCGGAGAACAGUUUGUCUUCAGGAUGUCUUCAGGAGCUUUGUUCCCAAGCUUGGUACCCGGUUCCCGGGGGUCUUCCAGCAAGUACUUGGUAGAGUUUCGGGCUGGUAAGAUGUCCUUGAAAGGAAGCACAGUGACCCCUGACAAAAGGAAGGGACUUGUGUACAUUCAACAAACUGAUGAUUCCCUAAUUCACUUCUGCUGGAAGGACAGGACAUCUGGAAAUGUUGAAGAUGAUCUAAUUAUAUUCCCGGAUGAUUGUGAGUUUAAGAGAGUGGCCCAGUGCACAACUGGUCGUGUGUUUGUGCUGAAAUUCAAAGCUGGCUCCAAGAGACUGUUUUUCUGGAUGCAGGAACCAAAGACUGAUAAGGAUGAAGAACACUGUCGCAAAGUCAAUGAGUACCUCAAUAACCCCCCUAUGCCUGGAGCGCUAGGAGGUAGUGGCAGCGGGAGCCAUGAGCUGUCAGCUUUGGGAGGGGAAGGAGGCCUGCAAAGCCUGCUGGGAAAUAUGAGUCAUAACCAGCUGAUGCAGCUUAUUGGACCCACUGGCCUUGGAGGACUUGGUGGCCUGGGAGCUCUGACUGGUCCAGGAUUGGCCAGUUUGUUGGGAAGUGGAGGUCCCACAACAAGCAGCUCAUCAUCCAGUUCCCGCAGUCAGUCAGCAGCUGUCACCCCAUCAUCAACCACAUCAUCCACACGAACCACUACUACCACAGCAGUUGCUCCGGCUUCAGCUCCUGCAGCAACCCCCAGCCCAGCAGUGAGCUCUGGCAAUGGAGCCAGCGCUGCAACUAGCCCCACACAACCCAUACAACUAAGUGACCUGCAGAAUAUCCUGGCUACCAUGAAUGUGCCUGCCACAGCAGAAGGCGGGCAACAAGUAGAUCUGGCAAGUGUCCUCACUCCGGAAAUCAUGGCUCCAAUCCUGGCCAAUGCUGAAGUUCAGGAGCGAUUAAUGCCAUAUCUACCUUCAGGCGAGUCCUUACCGCAGACUGCUGAUGAGAUCCAGAACACACUUACCUCUCCCCAAUUUCAACAGGCCCUGAGCAUGUUCAGCGCAGCUCUAGCCUCCUGCCAGCUAGGGCCACUGAUGAGCCAAUUUGGGUUGCCUGCGGAGGCGGUGGAUGCAGCCAACAAAGGAGAUAUUGAGGCAUUUGCUAAGGCAAUGCAGAACACAUCUUCUCAAAAAGAGAGAGAUUCAAAAGAGAAGAAAGAAGAGGAGGAAGACAUGAGUUUAGAUUAAUCUGGUUUUUGUUCUGCUGCAGAUGGGUCUUUAGUGCUUACGAAUGGCCUUAUAACCCCACAUGUAUGUCAUUUCAUUGUUCAAUAAAUGUUCCUCUCUGCUGCAAAUAUUGCAGGGCA